CUAAAAUAAAAAGCUUGAGAUCAACUCAAUUCCAAACGUCAUGCCUUGUCUUUCUCGAGAAUAUUAGAUUGGCCCUGAGCCCCGCGGUGGGCCAGGUACGUCAAUCGUCAAUUGCCCCGCCGCCCCUCGAUAAUCCUAUCUCUGGUUCAACAAUCGCGGUCACUUGUGUCGUUAUCCAGAAAUAAUGUCGUCUAACGCCAAUCGUGGAUUGUCACAUCGUGGUGUUCUCCAUGAAUACGCGCCCAGGCUCGUAGCCUUCGAAUUCACAUCGCCCGCCAGAGCGAGCAGCAAGCCAAACAGCUUGAUCUUUGUGGGCGGGCUGACGGAUGGGUUUUGCACAGUUCCCUAUGUGUCAAAGCUGGCGGAAGCUUUAGAGGAAUCAGACUGGUCACUCUUCUCCAUCUUAUUGACUUCAUCGUACAAUGGGUUCGGAACCAGCAGUCUUGACAGAGAUGUGGAGGAACUCGGUCAAUGUGUGCAGUUCAUUCGAGACCUCAAAGCUGAUCGAUUACCCGGGGCACCCUCGGCGUCUGGGAAGAUCGCAAUCAUGGGCCACUCGACUGGUAGCCAGGAUGUCCUGCACUAUCUUUACGCUCCCAAUCCACUUCCCAAGACGAAUUUCGAUAUGGGACUUCACUACAUUGUCCGACCCGAGCUAGACGGUGCAAUUAUGCAAGCUCCCGUCUCCGACCGAGAAGCUAUUCUCGCAGCUUUGAAGUCUGCCCACGAUCCGAAUGAAGCACGAGACGCGUAUGAUCAGCUCGUGGACGCCGCCAAGACGCAGCCAUGGACCACAGAUGGAACCGAUUCCAUUCUCCCCAUGAACAAGGUUGCACUGACUGGUCUGCCAGGUGAUGCGCCGCUCAGUGCUCGUAGAUUCCUCAGUUUGGCCAGCCCGGCCAGCCCAGCAAACCCAUCGGAGGAUGACCUCUUUAGCUCCGAUUUGAGUGAUAAGCGCCUUGAAGAGACCUUUGGAGCAAUUGGGUCCAGCGGUAUUUUGCAGUCAAAGUUGUGUGUCCUGUACUCUGGAAGCGAUGAAUUUUGCCCGUCGUGGGUGGACAAGGAGAAAUUGAUGGGAAGGUGGAAGCAGGCUACCGAGGCCGGAGGUGCCAAAUGGGAUGUCGAAACCAGCGGCCUCGUCCCUGGUGCCAGUCACAAUGUCCAGGACGAAGGCCAGAAGGAUCUGAUUGAUCGUGUCUUACGGUAUCUCAAGAGUAUCUAAAGCGAGUGGCACUACGAGUGAGAUUGAUCAUACUAGAAUUCUGGAAUUUUGUCAAAUGAUCAUGAUGGUAUUACAAACCCACAUAACGGGACAAGAAACAUUGUAUUUUAUCAAUACAUAAGAAGUUGCGAGACGUGCAAACACCACCCAGGAGCCACGGGAAUUCAUAAGGGGAGAGAAGAGAUCGAAAUGGGGUAUCAGGAGAAUCGGAUGAUUCCCAUCCGGGGAGCGACUUUGCCGCUAGACGGGAUCCGAAUGGAUGCGCGGGGCUCCUUUCAAGCCAUCGGUUCACGCAGGACACACCAGUGGAAAGCGUUAGACCUUCAGCCACAGGUUGAAAACACCCUUGAGGUACUCGACGAUCUCGGAUCCGCCAAGCUUGCUCUCGCCAAAGAGGCGAUCAACAAAGGUAAUAGGGCACUCCUGGACCUUAUAACCCAUGGCUUUGGCACGGACCAUCAUCUCCAUCUGGAAGCUGUAACCCUUGCUCUGAGUGCUGGUAAUGACCUUCUCCAGCACCUGCUUCUUGUACAGACGGAAGCUACCCGUCAGGUCGCUGACGCCGGGCAUCAACAUGACGUCGGCGAUCAGGUUGGCAGUGCGCGAGGUAAACUUGCGGAAGAGGUCCCAGCCGUAAACUCCGCCCUUGAUAUCUCCGCGGUUCGCAUACCGCGUGCCAGUGACAAUAUCCGCGUCGGUCUCCUUUUGGAUUCGAAUCAUCUCGGGGAUGAACUUGGGGUGGUGGCUGAAGUCGGCGUCCAUGAUAAUGACGAAGUUGCCAGUGGCAUACUGCAGGCCGUGGACGUAGGCGGUUCCCAGGCCGAGCUUACCCUGGCGGGGUUUAAGGAUGAUGUGUUCGGGGCCGUAAAGGCGCUGGAGCUGCUUGCCGAUCUCGAGGGUACCGUCAGGGGAACCAUCGUCAACGAUAAUGAUUUCCCAAUCCAAUUUGCUACAGUUGAAUGAGGAUGUUAGUCCUGUGUAACGCUUUCAUUGCGGGCAAUUCGAGAUUCGCACUUCUCGUUGAAGGUCCUCUGGAUCAGCCAGGUGAUGAUAGGGAGGUUGCGCCGUUCAUUGUAGGUAGGCAGGAUGACCGAGUACUUGUUCUUGGUGGCGGCCAUGUUGUUUUUCGAACGAAUCAGGUAUUUUGGAGUUCAGGAGUUUGUCUCCAGGACAACUUCAUGGAGGAUUCCUCAGACGCGCCA